AUGCUGAGAAAACUCUUUAAAGUCCUGUGCUUCUUUGCUUUUUUCACUCUGGCAUGUUUUAUGGUGCUUCUAUACUUUAGAAACGACAGCACUUUAACUCAUUUUAUAAAAUCGUACGAUAAAGUGAAGGAAAACAAGACAGUUCCUCAAUGGACCAACGAACCAAAGAAUGGAUCCCUUAAUCUCACCCAAGAAAAGACAGUGAUGGCACCCACUCCAAGGAAGCCUUUGGAACCUUGCCCUAACACCCCCCCGCAUCUUGUGGGUCCCCUCGUGGUGGAGUUUAAUAGCAAAAGAUCUUUGGAUGAUAUGAAAAAGGAGAUGGGUCCCACUCUGAAGGAGGGAGGACGAUACAAGCCUCCAGACUGCAUCGCCCUGCAGAAGGUGGCCAUCAUCAUUGCAUUCAGAAAUCGGCAUGAGCACCUGAAGCACUGGCUGUUUUAUCUCCAUCCCAUACUGAUACGACAGCAGUUGGACUACACAGUGUAUGUUAUCAACCAGGACGGAGAGGGAGUGUUCAACCGGGCUAAACUGAUGAAUGCCGGCUAUGUGGAAGCGCUGAAGGAAUAUGAUUAUGAUUGCUUUGUCUUCUCUGACAUAGAUUUGGUUCCCAUCGAUGACCGUAACCUCUAUAGAUGUUUUGAAACUCCCCGACACUUGGCCGUAGCUAUGGACAAAUUUAAUUUCAGGUUACCCUACAACACGUUCUUUGGCGGGGUUUCUUCAUUGUCCAAGAAGCAAUACUUGAAGAUUAAUGGCUUCCCAAACACCUACUGGGGCUGGGGGGGUGAGGACGAUGACAUCUAUAAGAGAAUUUACUACCGUGGGAUGUCCAUCUCUCGACCGGACUCUGUGUUGGGAAAGUACAAGAUGAUCAAACAUCAGAGAGACUUGCACAAUGAGGUUAAUCCAAAGAAUCCGGGUAAACUGAGCCAAACUUUUAGAAACAUGGAUAAAGAUGGGCUUAAUACCCUCAAAUACACAGUCAAGGAGAUUGUGAAGGAUGUUCUGUACACAUUUAUCACUGUGGAUAUUGACGCUCCGCCAAGCUAAAGGAAGGAGGAACCUGCGAAACUGGAAAUGCUGUUGACUUUUGAAUCAUGUGUGUGUGUGUGUGUGUGUGUGUGCGUGCGUGCGUGCGUGUGUGUGUGUGUACAAUUUGCGUAUGACAAUCGUACUUUGAAUAGAAAAAUGUGAAGGUAAUAGCCAGCAUUGUUAAAUGGUAUAUUGACAGUGGAUUAAACCUAAGUAAAUCGUUUUUUUAAGAAGAGUUGAACACAAUAUAACUUUUUUUAUAUAUGUAGUAUUUGGUAUUGAUGUUAUAAUGUGUGCAAUCUUAUUGUUUACAAAUGGUAUCAGAAUGUAAUUGUUAUCGUCUUUUAUCAGGUAAAAUACAGUUUAUCAUAUACUUCCUCUUUCACAAAGUAAUGAUAAAAUAACCCACAUUAUACAUUACUAAUACUAAGUAAAUAAAAUGAUCAUGAUAUUGUUCGGUAAGAGUAAAAAACGAUUAACUUAACUUUAAUUUACUACCAUUUUGACCUAUAUUAAUGAUGUACACUGUCACCUAUUAUGUGUUGACAAAUGAUCGGGUGAAGGGUCUUUUAUUUAUCAUUCAACACAAUACUUUCUAAAUGGACGAUUUUGUACUGAGACAUUUAUCUUAACUGUAGCAAACAUUUGAUUGUUUUUAUACUUCAGUUUGCUGUGUAGUAGCAUCCUGUGAAUACUUGAAAGUGUGAUGAAAUCAAAAAUGGGUAAAUAUAUUUUAUAGUGGUGGGGAUGAACAGAUUGAUUUAUCUUUAUAUUGGAAAGAUGGGUUUACUGCUUUUUAUUAAUGGCAUGUGAUGAUUGUGCCUUUGUCUUGUGAACUCUAGCAAUGUUUUGGAAACUUUUAUAAAGAUUUUUAAAACAACUGUGAGGACAUUUGUGGCCACUGAGCUUGCUUGUGAACAUACAUUGUGCUUGCAAGCCUAAAUGUCACAAACAAGCAUUGUUUAUUACACCCUGUUCCUUAUUCUCAGCAGGCAGAGUUGUAUUCUUAAAAGAGAACAAUUCGUCCCACUAACAAUUUACAAAUUCCUGCGUGUCACUUACAGUUUUGUUUUUUUAGAGAAGUGCAUUUAUUUAUUUUCCGGGUUCAUGUACUGUAAGGCUUCUUUUGUAAUUGUGCUGGAUCAUAUCCAGUAGCUUGCAUGAGAAACACUGCUGUAGCCAAAGGGAAAGCAUGGGAAGAAUCAACAGAGUAAAUUAUAAGCAAACACCCUUACAGCCAUUUUAAAAAGCACACUGCUCAAAGUGUGUAGUUUUUCCGCAGUUACUUAUGAUGUUCUUUUAGAUGACUGAGACUUUGAUAUAACUUGAGAUUAAAUACAUCAAAGUCACUCUUAGUGAAAAAUAAAAAUUACCCCACGAUGAACUGAAACAUUGGGUUCAUUUCAGUCUCUAGAGCAAGUUUAAUCAAAAUGAUCCUUUAAAUUGUUGUUUAUCCAAUUUUGAAAUGCUCUUUGAAUUCAUAGCAUGCCUAAUUGUUAAAUAGUUUUCCUAAUCUGAGCCCAUUUUUAACGCAGAGCAGGCAGAGGGACACUUUUCUAAGGAAUGCAGUUUGUGGCGAGUGAUGUAAGAGAAGAAGGGCGAGGCAGUGACACAUGGACAAAAGCAUCUCAGUUAAUGAAACUUGAGAUAUUAGCAGUGUUUGCUUUAGCCAUGUGGCCCACACUAUGUUUCAGUUUUCGCCCUCCAAGGAAAGAAGUUUCGGCACCAGUGAGAGAAGUUAAGUAUUCAUCUCUUCAGCCUAAAGAGCUGGAGUAACCUGUUUGAAACGUUGAUAUACUUUUUAUUGAAGGGCAGAUGCAAGACGUACACUGAACAAACAUAAUCGUUGACUUUAAUUAAAUGUAUUAUGUCAACAGAUAUACUUAAUUGUAUUAGGUUAGUUGAAUCAAUAAUAUAAAGUUGAACCUAUUUUUUUAUUUAAACUUAAUAUUGUUGGUUUCAACUAAGCUAAUACAAUUAUGUGAAAUGUGUUGACAUUAUAUAUUUAAUGAAAGGUGCAGCACACACUUUGGAGCGCAUGCACACUUGUUAUGAUGUUCAUUAUGUUGAGCUGUUUAUAAUAACAUUCACAUUUUCACUAAGGGAAUUCAUUUGGAUUGUCAGGUUAUGUAGCAGUUGUGUGUCUCACAAGGGUUUCAGCUAAAAUGAAAUGAAAAUUCAAUAUUUAGUUCUAAAACAAAGCCAUUGUCCUGUGUAUCAGACCAUUAUCUAAUUCCCCUGACCUUAAAACCCUUACAGGGAACUCCUGUCAUCAUUCAUCUUAAAACUCAUAAUCAAAUUCUUAUUUUUGGUGCUCAAAAGGUCCAAAAUGUGUCAUUUCCUGGUGAACUAGUAUAAACCAGUUGUAAAUGUGUGACUGUGAUGCAGCUUCACUCAGCAGCGUCACACUUUAAUGCAUGUAUGAAAUGUGUGCCAAACAGAUCCGUCCUGUUGAUGAAUUAUUGAUAAGUGAAAGCAUUGCACAACAUUGCCCUGAGAGGAACUGUGGUAUCAGAUAGAGGACGAGGGGCUUCCCAUGAGGAUGCAGAGGUGAACUUUUCCAUCAGAAAUUAACCUGUUAUGGAUGUGUGCUAAAGGUCAGAGCACUGUAUCGAUGAUUACAUCUCAAUCACUGCAUUUCUCCUUGCUUCUGGUGGUGGUUCAUUAAAGGUUGUGCUAAAUUAA